GCUCGGCCCGUGACAAUCGAAAACAAUACGCGCUCCCGCGCCGUGCUCGCUUUGGCCACGCUCACGUGAAAGCGGGGCUCCGGGGAGAAAACCCGGGAAAACCAUAACGCGCUUUUAUUCCGCGAAACGGAAGGCGAAAGAAACGAAUCAAAAGAAGGAGGAAAAAAGAAGGAAAGUUCAGGCGAGUUCAGGUUACCAAAAAAAAUCCCCCAAAACAGCAAGCAUAAAGUGUGCGUGAAUUUGCGUGUGCGUGAAGGAUAAAAGCAAAACAAUGUAAAUCGUGGCAAGCUAGGUGACUUCGAAUGUGAUGAAAUUGGAAAACGAAAACGGCAAACGCCCAACAGUGAGCUUUCGUGGUUAGUGAGCAAAACUCCCGACAAGAAAACAAACCAAACAACCAAAUCAAUUCACCGCCAAAAGUGCUCACCCGUGAAAAAUUGGGAAAUAACCCGUUCCUAAACGCGGCUGAUAAGUUAACAGGCACACAUGGGCCAGCAGCCCCAGUGCCAGCUGCCCUUCAACCGUGAAAGGAUACGGUGAGCCAAUUUUAUAAGCACAUCGUGCCGUCGUGCCUCCAGCAGCAGCAGCAGCAGCAGCAAGCGUAAUGUGUUCCAAUGCGCUAAACCAUGGAAAUGGUGCGGGCGGAUGGGAAUGAAAAAUUAUGUCCUGCACCCCGGGGGGCGGUAACGGUGGAAACGGUGCGCGCGGUUGGGAAUGAUUGCUAGUAGGUCGAGCCUCCACGUGUGAUGCUGCUAUUUCUAUUAGUGUUGGUGUGUGAAAGUGUGUUAAAAUAAAUUGUGUACAAGUGUUAGAUUAUGCUUGUGAGAUGCUAAGAAGUGCGCUCUUCGAUGUACCAAAAUAUCACCAUUCUAGAAGCAACGAGAGAUUGUAUAUAAUUAGUGCCGACAAAUAUUAUCAUUUUGUUGAUCGAAAGCAACAAAACCAAACAAAGAGUGAACUAUCAAAAGUGCAUUUAACAGCAACGUAUCAACAUCACUGCCAAGACCACGACAAACGAGCGUCGGCAAACGUGUAAAAAAUUUCUGCUUCCAACGAUUGUCCAACGCAAUGCUGCCUGAACCAACCUCGAACCCCUACCGCUGUCCGUGUUCGGUGCGGCCAAAGACCGUCCACAUCCGGGUAAGCGGUUGCCGUGCGUGCAACACCAACCGAAACCGAGUUGCGCAAUCAAAUUAACCCUCUAAACUCUGACGCCACUCCUCCCACCCAACAACCCGACCGGAUGUGGGAUCGGUUCGCGGUGCGCCAGAAACGACAGCCGCAAAACGGAAGCAGCAGCCCGUACAGCCUCAGUGGUGCCUCAGUGUCAAGCGUGAACGAUGCGCAAAAGCCCGAACAGCCUGUCGCCCAUUGCGAUCCUACCGAACACGCCGCCGCCGGCGCGUAUCUUCGCCCAGCCGGAAACACCCACGACACCGCUAACGGAUGGCGCCCACUCGCCGACCGAACCGAACGGGGGGCGCCCAGUGGUGGUCGAGCUACCGACACCACUCGCGCGGCCGUCUUCCAUCCGCAGCGGUUCCGGGUCGGGGCCACAGCUACGCUUCAGCAGCCUGCUCGAUCCGGGCGACAUUACGCCCAUCACGUCGCCCCUGCCGAGCGUCACGUCCGGCAUGGCGGACGGGUCGAUCUACACGAUCUUCGGCGGGGAGGGCUCGAGCGUUGGCCGGCGCCGCAGCUCCCAGCUCCUGCCCAACAGUGCCAGCAAUGGUAGUGCCACCAGUGCCACACCGGCAUCGGCCGGCGCCGGUUUGCUGCCGACGACCAACGGGUCGGCCGUGAACUGUAGCAGUAUUAGCACGAGCCUCAGCCAGCCCGCCCCGGCUACCAGUGUCAGUGCCUCCCAAGCCAACAGUGCCAGCGCCAAGUCGCGCUCCCGCCGCUCCUCCGAGCUGUCGCAGCAGAACUCGAUGAAGUCGCACGCGUCCGCCGGCUCGCGCAAACGCAGCUCCCAGGCUCACAUCGAGCUGAACGGGCCGCCGGUUCGCGAUCGGCCGCGCUGUCUCAAGUCGUCGUUCUUGAGGCGCAAGUGCAAAGAGUACGCAGAUGAUGACGACGCUACAACCUCGGGCAUAACGCUGGAUGAUUCCGAUAAACGCGUGAUACGGCUGAACGAACCACAGGUUCAAAAGUACUGUAACAAUCAUAUCUCUACCGCUAAAUAUAGUGUCCUUAGUUUUCUACCUUCGUUCCUGUUCGAGCAGUUCCGGCGGUACUCGAACUGCUUCUUUCUGUUGAUCGCACUGCUGCAGCAGAUACCGGAUGUGUCGCCUACUGGUCGGUACACCACGCUCGUGCCGCUGAUGUUUAUACUCGCGGUGAGCGCAAUCAAGGAAAUCGUCGAAGACAUCAAGCGGCACCGGGCGGACGAUGAGAUCAACCACCGCCUGAUCGAGGUACUGCAGAAUGGCCAGUGGCACACGAUCAAGUGGCAGGAGCUGUCGGUCGGCGACAUCGUCAAGGUACUCAACAACACCUUCUUCCCGGCCGACCUGGUGCUGCUGUCCUCCAGCGAGCCGCAGGGCAUGUCCUUCAUCGAGACGUCCAACCUAGACGGCGAGACGAACCUGAAGAUCCGGCAGGGCGUACCGACCACCAGCCGGAUCCUGGAGACGAAGGACUUUAGCCAGUUUCGCGGGACGCUCGAGAGCGAACCACCGAACCGGCAUCUGUACGAGUUCAAUGGCGUGCUGAAGGAGCAUGACAAACAAGCGGUUGGCCUCGGACCGGAUCAGCUGUUACUGCGAGGUGCCAUGCUACGUAACACCGCCUGGAUAUUCGGCAUCGUUAUCUACACCGGUCACGAUACGAAACUUAUGCGAAACUCUACCUCAGCGCCGUUGAAGCGCUCAACCGUUGACAGACUGACAAACACGCAAAUUCUAAUGUUAUUUAUCAUUCUGAUCAUUCUGUGUAUCGUGAGUUGCAUUUUCAACCAACUUUGGACGAAAAGACAUUUUCAAACGGACUGGUACUUAGGCAUCGGCAAUCUUUUGAACAAAAACUUCGCCUACAAUCUGCUUACGUUUAUUAUUCUGUACAACAAUUUGAUUCCCAUAUCGCUGCAAGUUACGUUAGAGCUGGUACGGUUUCUACAGGCAAUCUUCAUCAACAUGGACAUCGAUAUGUACCACGCGGAAUCGGACACACCGGCAAUGGCGCGCACCUCCAACCUGAACGAGGAGCUCGGCAUGGUGAAGUACGUGUUCUCGGACAAAACUGGCACGCUGACGCGGAACGUGAUGGAGUUUAAGAAGUGCAGUGUGGCGGGCUCGAUAUACUCGAUCGAGGACACGCCGGCCCAGUCGCGAUUGGUACAGAACAUCCUCAACAACCAUCGCACGGCGCCUACAUUGCGCGAAUUUCUCACGCUGAUGGCGAUCUGCCACACGGUCAUCCCGGAGAAGCAGCCGGGCGACAGCAUGAACGAUAUCCAGUAUCACGCCGCCAGCCCGGACGAGCGGGCCCUGGUGUACGGGGCGAAGAAGUUCGGCUACGUCUUUUACACUCGCACGCCAACGUACGUCGAGAUCGAGGCGCUCGGCGUGCAGGAACGGUUCGAGAUACUUAACGUGCUGGAGUUCACCUCCACCCGCAAGCGCAUGUCGGUGAUCGCGCGCAACUCGAAGAGCGAAAUCAAGCUGUACUGCAAGGGUGCGGAUACGGUCAUCUACGAGCGGCUCGCACCGGAGGGUGUUGCGUACCGCGAGUCCACCCUGAGCCACCUGGAGGAGUUCGCGACGGAGGGGCUGCGCACGCUCUGCUGUGCCGUGUCCGACAUCCCGGACGAUGUGUACGAAGACUGGAAGCAUACGUACCACAAAGCGUCCACCUCGCUGCAGUACCGCGAGCAGAAGGUGGAAGAUGCGGCCAACCUGAUCGAGACGAACCUGCGCCUGCUCGGUGCGACGGCGAUCGAGGAUAAGCUGCAGGACGGUGUGCCCGAAACGAUAGCGUCGCUGCUGGAAGCGAAGAUAAACGUGUGGGUGCUUACCGGCGACAAGCAGGAGACGGCCAUCAACAUCGGCUACUCCUGCCAGCUGCUGUCCCAUUCGAUGGAUUUGAUUUUAUUGAAUCAGGAUUGUUUGGAUAACACGCGCAGCUGCAUACUGGAGCACACCUCCAAUGGGCGAUUUGAUAAUGUGGGCCGCAAGGAUGCCGCACUGAUCGUGGACGGCAAAACGCUUAAGUACGCGCUCAGCUGCGAUUUGCGGCGCGAAUUUCUGGACCUGUGCAUCUCGUGCAAGGUCGUGAUCUGUUGCCGCGUGUCGCCCAUCCAGAAGGCGGAAAUGGUGGACCUGGUGACGAUCAGCACAAAAUCGGUCACGUUAGCGAUCGGGGACGGUGCGAACGAUGUCGCCAUGAUACAGAAGGCGAACGUGGGCGUCGGCAUCUCCGGUGUGGAAGGUUUGCAGGCGGCCUGCGCGUCCGACUAUUCAAUUGCGCAGUUCAGCUACCUGCGAAAGUUGCUGCUGGUGCAUGGGGCCUGGAACUACAGCCGUAUGUGCAAGCUGAUCCUGUACAGCUUCUACAAAAACAUCUGCCUAUACGUGAUAGAGCUUUGGUUCGCAAUGUAUUCUGGAUGGUCCGGUCAAAUAUUGUUCGAACGAUGGACAAUCGGUUUAUACAACGUGUUUUUUACUGCGCUACCACCCUUCGCUAUGGGACUGUUCGAUAAAGUGACAUCGGCGGAACAGAUGCUAAAAGAACCAAGACUUUACGCGCCGUCGCAAAAUGCCAAACUGUUUAACGUCAAAGUGUUUUGGCGCUGUAUCAUUAACGCGCUGUUCCAUUCGAUGAUACUGUUUUGGUUGUCGUACAAGAUCUACGAAAAGGAUGUCAUCUGGAAGAAUGGACGCGAUGGUGGAUAUUUAGUGUUAGGCAACAUAGUUUACACGUACGUAGUCGUGACGGUGUGCUUGAAGGCGGGUCUUCUUACCAACUCGUGGACCUGGUUGACCCAUUGCUCUAUUUGGGGCUCGAUACUGCUUUGGUUUAUAUUUAUAUUCAUUUACAGCAACAUUUGGCCAGCAUUGCCAGUGGGUGCGGUUUUCACGGGCAUGGACGAUAUGGUCUUUACGACGCCUGUGUUCUGGGCUGGACUACUGUUAAUUCCACUAUCCGCACUGCUUUUUGACGUGUCUUGGAACGCGUACAGAAACUCUAGAAAGGAUAAUAUACUAACACCACCACUGAAGGAAUCCAGAUCUUCAAGCUUGUCGAAGAUACUCUCCUGGCGUAGGCGUAACUCCGUGGCGCCACUAGCGGCUUGGCAUCAGAACAGUAUUAGCAUAACCGAGUUGCACAUGUAGAUAUAAUGAAACAUUUGCUAAAAAGUGAAAAGAAAAAGCGUAAAAGCAAAGUAAAUGUUUACGUAGCGGGCUAAACGUAGGGCUAAAAAUAAAUGGAGGACUACAAUGUAGAUGACAAAAGGGAACAUUUGUGAUAGUGCGAUCAAGCGUGUAAAUGUAACAUUCCUUGUUUGUUUUGCUCUCUUUUUUGGAGUGGUUGUUAUCGUUAUUUAUUGUUAUUAUGUAAAACUAACUGCUCGUAGCAAUUGAACCCUGAGUCUCGAUCGGGACGAGGUUCGGUAUCAGAUAGAAAGCAGUAGAAGAGAAAGGUUCGCAAGUUCGAAGUAAAAUUCAGUUUUGCGCAAGCCUUCUCAUGGUAGAUGAUUCGAAAACAUUCCGUCCGUAGGCAGUCACACUCUGCUGCUGCUUCCUUAGUACGCCUUUAGUUAGCGUUUACUUAAUACACAACUUGAUCGGCGACCGAUCGUCUUAACCAUUGCACCAGUAUUAAUCUUUAGCUCGUAUUUGUGUUAUCUAUUUUUAAGCUAGCCGAUCUCAUAACUUCACGUAAAUGGCAUUCCCUUCUUUUAUUCGCUGCAACAUGUGCAACAACCUCGUCCUUGUGCUUUGGUGUUAAGUAUCUUAAGGCUUGUUUCAGUGCUCAUCCGUUUUCGGUUGGCUCUGAAGUUGUUUUACGGGCAAUAGAAUCUGAAAUAGAGAAGACAGAUGCGUUCAAAUCCACUGCAAUAUCAAAAAAGUAAACAGUGAAAAGUGGUAAGAGGUGCAAAAAAAAGACAGUAAUAAUGAACAUGUGCAAUAAUAGAUUGUGAUUCUAUGUAAGGGUACGUAAGGUUGUCAGUACUGUACGUUAAAUAGAUAGCGUAAGCACAGAUAACACUUGGAAGCUCAAUGACGACAGGAAAUAGAUAGGUAAAUGACGACCCCCCUAUAAGGCAUUACUCUACGCGCAACUCAAGACAAAAAAAAAGGGAGCGGGCCCUACCUCCAGCGCUUUGUUUGUCCUACCUUUGCUGUGCUAUGUGUAUUUGUGUUUGCUAAAAACAAAAUCAAACAAUGUUUGUGUGUAUGUGUGUCCUUUACGUGGUGCUCAUCAAAAACAAUGCUGCAUCCAACUAUCUGAUUAUCAUUUGCUACUACUUACGGGUGUGGCUGUAUUCGGCUCCAGCAACUCUCAUGACACCCCUUUCCCACGGGUAACGCUAAUAAUAUUUCCCUUGCCAGGCUAAUAAGUAUGGCGUUGAGGAAGGAAUUAAACCAAGCGCUGCUUAUGGUUUCUUGUUGUUGUAUUGGUUGUACACAAAAAAAAAAAACAUUUAAAUAUGCAUCGUUGAUUAAUCGCUUCAAAUCGCAGCUCGCUGUAAAUGUCACCCGUGACGCGUAAUACGCCCUUCAUGUGUUUAUGUUUUGUGAUAUUAAACGAAUCCCAGGGUGGUACGCUCAAUGUUCUUAAUGUUGGCUAUCAGGUUGGUGGGUGCGUUACAUACCGUUUCAAGCAAUGCAUCGCCAUGGUGUGUGAUAAUCUGCUAGAUUGUUUGUGUUUGUAUUUGUUUUUUCCAAUGUGUCAGCUAUUCGUCUCUUAGUUGAUACGCGUGCAAAACUGCUGCGCUACCUUCUACUCUCCGCUACAUGUUGGGCUGCAGGCUUGGCUCUUUACUUAUGGUGCCGCGAUCGCUGUACUGUUUUCCAGCCUAUCCGGUCUAUCGUUGAUAGCAGUCAUUAUUAUUAUUAUUCUUUUUAUCUUUUUCUUCUUGUGUGUUAAAUCACCAUACCCCAUUUUUGCUCCACGCUCUACAUCAAAUUCCUUCCUCAGAGAGACCGAAGCAUACCAUAUGGUGUCGCCCAGAAGCAGAAGCGAACGUUACGAAGAGCUGGCAUAGAGUAGAAUUUUGCUGAUCCUUCGAGAAAAAAUUGUUCGGUUUUUUCCCAUUUUUAAACAACAACAAUAAGAACCACCUGUAUUAUCUACGGGCAUUGUAAUAUAGGGUUUUUCUCUAUUUUUAUUGAAAUCUUCUUUCGCAAUAUUCAUUUUAACAAAAAAACUAAAAAAACGAAAAUAAAUACACAUACACAUGCACAUAGAAUGGUAGAGGAGAAAAGGGCAUUUCUUCCUUUUGAAAAUAAAAACCAGUAAACAUAAGCAAACAAUACGGCCUUUGGGGCCGUUCUUUUUUAAUAGAACAUUACAACAACACCAAAUAAAGGAAUUAAUAAAGCAACCGUAAGCAAAACUGAUAAAGUAAACAAGGCAAUGGGAUUUAGUUAGAACAUCAGCUAAAGCCUGUAGUUAAAUGAAUCUGUUUUUGUUUAAUGCAAAUAAAAAAUAAAUUAAAAAGAAAACAAUUUUAUACGAAAAAAGAGACAAAAUGGAUAACGAUUUUUUUUUUUGAAUAAAUGUUUUAUUAAGUAACUAUGUUCGAGACAUACUAACUGAAGCUUUUAUAUGUAGCAGGAAACUGUCUUGUUAUGCUCAGCAUACGAGAUGGCACUUUGAAACGGCAACAGAGUUGCAAAACAAUCGUGUUUAGUUUAACUAAAAUAAUCUUUAUUUUCUCUUCAUUUCCACACGUUCGGUUUCGGCUUAGCCGUGUAUAGCGUUAUAUUUGUUUUUUUUUUUUACUUAUACAAUACAAAAAUGUACGUGUUCAGGUGCUCCACAUUCUUAUCGUCGACAAAGAACGGAAAGCUAAAUAGUAAAAAUGCAGUAAGAGUAAGCGGUAACAGAAUUAUUAUUAGUAAGCUGUCCGGGGUAGUGGUAGAAUAAGCAAGUAAAAAGUAAAAACGAAAACAUUACAACACA